GGGGGCAGUUCUCCGUAGUGUUCGCCAAUGUUGGAGCCAUCUGCAAAGUGCCCGCGGACAGACGUUUUUGGAGCCGUGAGGGAUACAGCAGUGUGAUCAAUUUGUUUUAACAUGCUUCAAAUAAAUCAGAUUUUGAGAGUCUUGACCUCCCUGAAGAGCAACAGAUUGCACAUCUCCCUUUGAAUGGAGUGCCUCUCAUGAUCUUGGAAGAGGAGAAGGACUGCACUUCACCCACUUCGCCCUUGAAGAUGUGGUCUCCCUGGGAAUCUAAGCUGGGCAAAGUCUCCUUCAAGGGUUUUGUUGGCCCUGGAUAUUGGAUUUCUACAUCUUCUCUCCACGAUAAAAUGGCAAACCCCAAAGAGAAAACUCCAAUGUGUCUGGUAAAUGAGUUAGCCCGUUUCAAUAGCAUCCAACCCCAGUAUAAACUUCUGAGUGAAAGCGGGCCUGCUCAUUCGAAGAUGUUCUCAGUGCAGCUGAGUCUUGGUGAGCAGACAUGGGAAUCCGAAGGGAGCAGCAUAAAGAAGGCCCAACAAGCUGUUGCUAAUAAAGCUUUGACUGAAUCUACGCUUCCCAAGCCUGUUCAGAAACCACCCAAAAGUAACGUUAACAACAAUCCAGGCAGUAUAACUCCAACUGUGGAACUGAAUGGGCUUGCUAUGAAAAGGGGAGAGCCUGCCAUCUACAGGCCAUUAGACCCAAAGCCAUUCCCAAAUUAUAGAGCUAAUUACAACUUUCGGGGAAUGUACAAUCAGAGGUAUCAUUGCCCAACACCUAAGAUCUUUUAUGUUCAGCUGACUGUAGGAAAUAAUGAAUUUCUUGGUGAAGGAAAGACUCGACAAGCUGCAAGACACAAUGCUGCCAUGAAAGCCCUUCAAGCCCUGCAGAAUGAACCUAUUCCAGAAAAGUCUCCUCAGAAUGGGGAAUCAGGAAAAGAAAUGGAUGAUGACAAAGAUGCAAAUAAAUCCGAAAUCAGCUUAGUAUUUGAAAUCGCUCUGAAGAGAAAUAUGCCCGUCAGUUUUGAGGUUAUUAAAGAAAGUGGACCACCACAUAUGAAGAGUUUUGUUACUAGAGUGUCAGUGGGAGAAUUCUCUGCAGAAGGAGAAGGAAAUAGUAAAAAACUGUCCAAGAAGCGUGCUGCAACCACUGUCUUACAGGAGCUUAAAAAACUCCCACCUCUUCCCGUGGUAGAGAAGCCAAAACUGUUUUUUAAAAAACGUCCUAAAACAAUAAUAAAGGCUGGACCAGAAUAUGGUCAAGGAAUGAACCCCAUCAGCCGCUUGGCUCAAAUCCAACAGGCCAAAAAAGAAAAGGAGCCAGAUUACGUUUUGCUUUCAGAAAGAGGAAUGCCUCGACGCCGAGAAUUUGUGAUGCAGGUCAAGGUGGGCAAUGAAGUUGCUACUGGAACAGGACCUAAUAAAAAGAUAGCCAAAAAAAAUGCUGCAGAAGCAAUGCUUUUACAACUUGGUUAUAAAGCAUCCACUAACCUUCAAGAUCAGCUCGACAAGACAGGGGAAAACAAAGGAUGGAGUGGUCCAAAGGCUGGAUUUCCUGAACCAACAAAUAACACUCCAAAAGGAAUUCUUCAUCUGUCUCCCGAUGUUUAUCAAGAGAUGGAAGCUAGCCGUCACAGGGUGAUCUCUGGCACAACUCUAGGCUACUUGUCCCCCAAAGAUAUGAACCAACCUUCAAGCUCUUUCUUCAGUAUAUCUCCCACAUCGAAUAGUUCAGCUACAGUUGCCAGGGAACUCCUUAUGAAUGGAACAUCUCCUCCAGCUGAAGCCAUAGGUUUAAAAGGAAGUUCUCCUCCUCCCCCUUGUUCUCCAGUACAGCCUUCAAAACAGCUGGAAUAUUUAGCAAGGAUUCAAGGCUUUCAGGUUCACUACUGUGAUAGACAAAAUGGCAAAGAAUGUGUGACCUGUCUCAUCUUAGCCCCUGUGCAGAUGACUUUCCAUGCUAUUGGAAGCUCCUUUGAAGCCAGCCGUAACCAGGCGGCUUUAAGUGCCUUGAAACAAUUUUCUGAACAAGGACUGGAUCCAAUUGAUGGGGCAAUGAAUAUUGAGAAAGGUUCUCUAGAAAAACAAGCCAAGCAUCUGCGAGAGAAAGCGGACAAUAACCAGGCGAACCCCGGCUCCAUCACUCAGGACUGCAAGAAAUCAAAGUCAGCCAUCUAGCAGCUCCCAGAACCCGUGGCUGCCACUGCAUCCUUAUAAACCUGUCAGCACGCAUGAGGGUGUCUGUGUUCAAGGAAAUGAAUGACUAAUGCCAUUAUUUGAGUCUUAUGUGAAGACAACGCUAUUCUAACACAAAAGAUAAUGUAUAUGGUACUGUUUAUUCAACUGGGGGAAAAUAAAAACUUGAGCAUUUCCCUUGGAACUUGAGAUCAGAUCAUAACUCAUUUGCCCAGGGGCAGCAGAAAUCUGAUGCUGCUACUGGAGCUUAAAAUAACAAUUAAUGAAAAGUGUUAGAAACAGAGCUGAAGUUUGAGAUGUUGGGUUUGGUUCUGUCCUUACGACUGUUUUGUGGUGCGCUUGUGUUCGGUUAUAUUCCUGCUCUCUCGUUUGAAAUAAUGCUUGACAAUUCAAAACUUAAACCAAUGAUGUGCUGUGGAAUGUGAUGGUUGUUGUCUUCAUAGAGAGUCGCACAGUCUCUUUUUAUGCAGAUCUUUGUAAUCUUCAUCUUACACAUAUAUAAAUAUAAAUAUAUAUAUAUAUUCCUUUAAGGUGCAUUGCACACAGAUGUACGCAAACAACUAUGUUUUAAAUCAGAUCACAUAUUUGAUUAAAAUAUGAAAUAAUGCUAGGAACAAGUAGUUUCUAUAUAUUUCGGGAAUUUAAAAAGAACAAAAUUGAAAUAAAACCAAGCAGUUGUGGGUUUUGAGCUCCAUGAUGUCAUUAGCCACCAAGGGGGCGUCUUGCCUCUGCACAUCACCUUCCUGGAUUCCACUCUCGUGGACACCGUGUCCACCCCCAUCUGUGUGUUGUCGCCACUCGCUGCUUCACCGAGUGUCUUUAGUGACUGCCUCUGGACUCGGGACGGCGACUAAGACCAAAACAAAUACUGUACAUGACGGGGAAGGGAAAGCCUGUUGGAGAAGGUUCGUCAGCCACUCUCUGGACCAGCAUGUUGGAAUCCAGUCUGGGGCAAAUGCAGUAAAAAUUUGGUCGGUUUCCGUGUGAA